AUGCAUGCGACCGUGUCGGAUAAAGUGAUCCUGGCCACAGCAGUCAUCAAAAUAACGACGAAUUCAGGCGAUUUCGUCUUAGCACGAGCUUUGCUGGACUCUGGGUCACAAAUUAAUUUUGUGACUGAGGAACUAGCUCAGCGGCUGCAUUUGCGUAGAGAAGACUCGUGCAUCAGCUUGCUUGGCAUUGGUGAAUCCAAUUCUCAAGUUAAGAAAAAGAUACACACUGUGGUGAAGUCGCGAGUUGGCUGCAAUGAAUACGCGAUCGAUUUAUGGAUCCUCAAAUCGAUCUCAGGUUAUCAGCCAGAUCACACUGUAAAUGUCAGUGGCUGGAAGAUACCUGACAAUAUUCAGCUAGCGGAUCCCUAUUUCUUCAAACCGCAGAAAAUUGAUCUUCUUAUCGGCGCUGAAACAUUCUUUGACCUAUUGUCCGUUGGCCAAAUCAAGCAAGGUCCAGAGUGUCCAAUCCUCCAAAAGACAAACCUUGGGUGGAUUGUUUCGGGGCGGUACACUCCUGGUGAAAAAUCUCACCAGAAGAUGACUGUCACUCUGAGCUAUCAGGAAGAAAGCUUGAGCUCGAUUGACAAGACCUUGCUGAAGUUUUGGACUGUCGAAGAUGUGCGCUCUCCCUCCAAAGUCCUUUCCGCUGAACAACAAAGUUGUGAAGAUCAUUUCACAAAUAAUGUGAGAAGAUUGCCGUCUGGUCGUUUCGAAGUAAGACUGCCGUUCAAAUCAGAUUCGCACCAGCUUGGGUGCUCAUUUGAAGUUGCUAAACGGCGGUUUAUGUCGCUUGAAAAACGCUUAACUCGAGAUCCCGAGUUAAAGCGAAUGUACUUGGAAUUUAUGGAAGAAUAUGUAGAGAUGGGCCACAUGUCCGAAGUGAGUCACAUCCUUCCAAGUACACCACACUAUGUUAUUCCGCACCAAUGUGUAUUACGGCCCCAAAGCACUUCGACAAAGCUGAGGGUCGUAUUUGAUGCUUCGUGUCGCACUUCGACACAUAAGGCGUUGAAUGACAUUCUGAUGGUCGGGCCGACCAUUCAAGAAGAGCUGUUUUCGACUCUGCUUCGUUUUCGAUUGCAUAAAUAUGCAUUAACGGCCGACAUCAAAAAGAUGUACCGCCAAGUUAUGGUGCACGAGGCAGAUCGAAACUAUCAGCUCAUAGUGUGGAGAAAAUAUCCAUCAGACUUGUUGAGAUUAUUCAGAUUAAAUACUGUAACAUAUGGCACUGCGCCAGCGCCAUUCUUGGCCAUACGGUGUUUGAUCCAGCUGAGCGAGAUUGCGAAAUCCUCGCACCCCAUGGCAGCUGAGGUUAUCAGGCAAGACUUCUACGUUGACGAUAUGUUGACUGGUGCCGCAUGCGUCGAGGACCUGAAGACAAUUAAGUCUGAAGUGUCGCAGAUACUGCUAGAAGCAGGUUUUGAACUUGCGAAGUGGUUCUCGAAUGCUCCUGGGUUCUCCGCAUCAGACAGUACACCAAAGCCGAUAACGAUCUCCGAGACUGACGUGUUCCAAUUCCGGAUCGACGAUUCAUUCAUGGGUCUUAAAGCGACAAAACGGAACAUUCUCUCGGUGACAUCGCGGUUAUUCGAUCCGCUUGGCCUAUUGAGUCCCUUAAUUAUAAAAGCAAAGAUACUGCUUCAAGAGCUCUGGCUUCAAAAGUUGGAGUGGGACGAAUCCAUACCAUUGAGUUUGGAUAUAUCGUGGUAG